UUCCACACGAGUCUUCGUUCCAACUGUCGGUCUGGCCGUGAUUCUCUCUCUCUCAUCCUUCCCCAUUGCCGCUAUCACCGCUCCGUUGAAUCCCGAGUGUCACAUAUUCUUUCUCUGCAGCUUGUGGGGACCACCUUAUUCCUUUUACCAGAUCGCGCCACGUGUACCGUAGUAAGACCUUUUUCCCUUGAUUGGGGGCUUAUGCGACCUCAGAAGCGACCGUUCUGGUUGCUUCAGUCACCUGAUUACUUCUCCACUCUCCUCUUCCCUCUGCUCCUCUACUCCACUCUCUCCACGGGAGUUCUAUUUGGACUGUACUGCCUGCCAGUGCGUGCGUCAUCUCUUUCUCUCUAUAUUUCUCUCUUUCGUUCUCUCUCUCUCUCCCUCUGAUGCUUAGAGUUAUUCGAGGAGGGAGAGAGAGAAACCGAUAGGCCUCCCAGCGGAAAAAAAAAAGCUGCUUUGUGGUAGAAAAAUGUUGAAUUUCCUGAACCGAAAAGAUGUGAAGAAAAUUCUGAAGCGGAAGGACAGUGAUGCCGGGGAAAGAGGAAGAGCACUUGAAGACCUGCGAGCUUCUCUUUUUAAUGAAUUGCGCUCAUCUGAAGGUGCAAAGCAUCAACAGCAACGAAUAUGUGGACCCACUGUUGCUCUUACUUUUAAUUUGUUGGUCUCUGUUGGAAUUAUCUUGGUCAACAAAAUGGUAUUGGGAAAUGUGGGUUUCAAUUAUCCAGUUUUCCUCACCUUCAUUCACUAUAUGUUAAGCUGGAUAUUGAUGGCCAUUUUAAAGUCAGUUUCUAUCCUCCCUGCAUGCCCUCCCUUGAAGUCGACCCGUUAUUCUACCUUAUUGGCCCUUGGUAUAGUUAUGUCUCUGUCAACUGGCCUUGCUAAUAUCAGCUUGAAGUUUAAUAGUGUGGGUUUUUAUCAGAUGGCUAAGAUUGCUGUAACACCAACAAUUGUCCUAGCAGAAUUUAUCAUCUUUGGGAAACGAGUUUCAUACAGAAAGGUUCUUGCUCUAGCUGUUUUAUCCAUUGGGGUUGCUGUGGCCACUGUAACCGAUCUUCAAUUCCACUUCUUUGGUGCAUGUGUAGCGUUGUUGUGGAUAAUACCCAGUGCAGUCAAUAAGAUCCUCUGGUCCAAUCUGCAGCAGCAGGAGAACUGGACUGCCUUGGCGUUAAUGUGGAAGACCACGCCAAUUACCUUGUUCUUUCUGGUGAUUUUGAUGCGCUGGCUUGAUCCUCCAGGUGUCCUCUCUUUUGAUUGGAAUUUCAGAAACACCUCAGCAAUUCUCUUGUCAGCAGUACUAGGCUUUUUGCUUCAGUGGUCAGGUGCUUUAGCACUUGGGGCAACCUCUGCCACCACCCAUGUGGUUCUUGGGCAAUUCAAAACAUGUGUUAUUCUUCUAGGAGGUUUCCUGUUCUUUGGAUCCAAUCCUGGGUGGGUCAGUCUCUGCGGAGCAAUCACAGCGCUGGCUGGCAUGUCUGCCUACACCUUCCUCAACCUGCAUUCUUCUCCACAGCAGUCAGGAAAAAAUUCUUUCCCCUCAUCAAAAUCAAAGCUGAGUAAAGAAAAUGGCAACACUUAUGACGGAAAUCAUGGAGAGGAAUCUGUCUAACACAAAUUAUAUACCGACUGCCAGGGGAGAUUUUGAUUAGGCUAUCUGUGAAGAUGAUGUCCAACUAACUUGGAUAUUGGUUCAUUUAUUUAUUUACUUUACAAUUUUUUUGCCCCUUCUGAGUUCUAGACUAGGAUCAGAUUGACCUGAUAUAGUUACACCAAACCAUUUUGGGAAAUGUAGUGCUUACUGUGUGAAGUGUGAAUUAGAAAGGAAGCUAAUUUAUCUCACCAAAUUUGAUUAUAAGGUAUGCAUCUGUAUCGAAUACAUGUUAACCAAAUAUCAUAUCAUAGAGUGAGCUUUCGAGGAAUCAA